CCCGCGCCCCGCGGCCCUGAGGCGGCCCGGGCCCGGCGGCAGCGGGACGGGCCAUGCCGAGCAGGCCGCCCAGCCAGUUUGAAAGUACCUCUGCGCUCCCGACCGCGCUCCCUAAAUGGUUGUCGCUUCCCACCUCCCACGGAGGGAUGAGUUAGGCUGGAGCUGGAGCUGGAGCUGGCGCCGACGCGGGUCCCCGCGCUGAGCCCCCGGUAAGCCAAGAGAGAACUGCUCCCUGGGUUGCUUCCUGCGCCCUUCCCAAGUGUGAGCACAUCACAGCCAGCACGAAGAAGGGUUUCCUCUUGUCUUCAAGGCACUUGCCUCUGCCUCCUGUUCUUGUGUCUAAAAGAAGGAAAAGCCAGACCAAAUCAGUGCAUAAAGAACUUGUGCUGGUCUAAGGAGGAGGCUCUGGAGUCUCUUCACCUCUUUUCUUCCUAGGAUCCUGGCUGUGGGCUGGAUUUUCUGGUCUCAACUUCAGGGGAUCAGUUACAGGGAAUCAGGAUCUCAGAAUCUUUUGGUUUUGGUUUUGCUUUUACUUGAACCCUUUCAAUCGGGAAGCUGAAGCUAUCACUGCUAAAAUCCCAUUUUUUUUCCCAAGCAUGUCAGAAAGCUGGCAGCAACAACAGCAGCAACCACAGCAGCCGCCACCACCGCAGCAGCACCACGCUGGGGCAGCCACCCUCCCAGAGCACUCCAUCCCUCCCAGCACUGCUGACAACCCCUUGGGCUGUGCCGUGUACGGCAUCCUGCUCCAGCCGGACCCCGGACUGCAGCACCACCAGCACGCCCCCAUCCAGGCUGGAGAGCCAUCCCACAAAUGCGGUGUGUGCGGCCAUGACCUCGCUCACCUCUCCAACCCCCAUGAGCACCAGUGCUUGCCGGGCCAUGACCGCUCUUUCCAGUGUACCCAGUGCCUGAAGAUCUUCCACCAGGCCACCGACCUCCUCGAACACCAGUGCAUCCAGGUGGAGCAGAAGCCCUUUGUGUGCGGGGUUUGCAAGAUGGGCUUCUCCCUGCUGACCUCGCUGGCGCAGCACCACAAUGUGCACAACGGCAACGCCAUGAAGUGCUCUAUCUGUGAGAAGACCUACAAGCCUCCCGAGGUAGAGCACUCCCAGCCUCUCGACCCAUCAGAGAAGCCCUACAGCUGCUCCAUCUGUCAGAAAACCUUCAAGCACCUGUCGGAGCUGUCCCGGCACGAGCGCAUCCACACGGGCGAGAAGCCGUACAAGUGCACGCUGUGCGACAAGAGCUUCAGCCAGUCCUCCCACCUGGUGCACCACAAACGGACGCACAGCUCGGAGCGGCCCUACAAGUGCACGGUGUGCGAGAAGACCUUCAAGCACCGCUCCCACCUGGUGCGCCACAUGUACGCGCACUCGGGGGAGCACCUCUUCAAGUGCAACGUCUGCGAGCUGCACUUCAAGGAGUCCUCGGAGCUGCUGCAGCACCCCUGCACGCCCAGCGGGGAGCGGCCCUUCCGCUGCGGGGAGUGCCAGAAGGCCUUCAAGCGUCCCUCGGACCUGCGGCAGCACGAGCGCACGCACAGCGAGGAGCGGCCCUUCAAGUGCGACCUGUGCCAGAUGAGCUUCAAGCAGCAGUACGCGCUGAUGCGCCACCGCCGCACGCACAAGGCCGAGGAGCGCUUCAAGUGCAACCUGUGCGAGAAGGGCUUCGUGCAGCCCUCGCACCUGGUGUACCACCAGCACGUGCACGGCAUAGAGAACCUCUUCAAGUGCAACGUGUGCCAGAAAGGCUUCAACCAGUCCUCAGAACUGCUGCGGCACAAGUGCGUGCAGAACGCGGAGCGGCCCUUCAAGUGCGCGGUGUGCAACAAGUCCUACAAGCGGGCCUCGGCUCUGCAGAAGCACCAGCUGGCCCACUGCGCCGAGAAGCCGCUCAAGUGCACGCUCUGCGAGAGACGUUUCUUCUCCUCCUCGGAGUUCGUGCAGCACCGCUGCGACCCGGCCCGCGAGAAGCCCCUCAAGUGCCCCGACUGUGAAAAGCGGUUCAAGUACGCCUCGGACCUGCAGCGCCACCGGCGCGUGCACACGGGCGAGAAGCCCUACAAGUGCUCCUCCUGCGAGAAGGCCUUCAAGCAGCGCGAGCACCUCAACAAGCACCACAGCGUGCACGCCCGCGAGCAGCAGUACAAGUGCAUGUGGUGCGGGGAGCGCUUCCUGGACCUGGGGCUGCUGCAGGAGCACAGCGUCCAGCACACGGCCGAGGGUGCCUACCAGGUGGCUGCCUGCUUGCCAUGAGCCUCCCGCCCCGCGGGGGCUGUCAGCUUGCAUGGGACGCUCCUGAGCCUCGGCCUUCCCUUGUCUUUGGUUGUUGCAAUCUCCAGGGAGUGUGGGGGAAAGGGGGGGUACGUUGUGGGCAGGUAAACUUUCCUCUGGCCUCAGUGAUUGAUGUGCCACCUAUAUUGAAGUAGCAACAGAACGUUAACAUCUCAUCGGGGUGGAAAAAGGAGGGAGAUGGAGAGAGGAGACUAUGCCUGUAGAUGCCUGGUGUUCCCUGGACUGUAGUUCAUGCUGUACCUGCAGUUCCAGUCCUGGGAGCUCAGCUGUCUGUUGCAGGCACCAGCUCUUUGCGUGCAGCCUUUUUCCCCUGCCCUGUCUGGCGGGGUUGGUAGGGAGGGUUGGGUGACUCUCCUUCUGGAGAGGGUUUAGGAGCAAGGCAGACCCAACCCUCCCUUCUCCCAGGGUGUGCUGCUUGGCAUGGAGAUAGCAAGUUUCUGCUGCUGGGGUCUCCCAGCUUAGUCCAAGCUCAGUUGAGGGCACCAUUUCAGAUUAUUAGUGUUGAUUGCUCCAACCUCCCCUGCUCUCCCUCCUUCUAGAGUGUUGAAAGGGAAAAGCCAUGGGGCUUCACAGCUCCAAAAAGCACUUUGGCAUUGCUGCUUUUGCAGUCACUGCCUGUCACACUCUGCAAGGGUUCUGAGUGAACCUGCCUGCCCCCUGUCCCUGCCAGCUGCACAGGGAGCUGUAGGAAGCACUGUGCUGCUACCAGGAGCACUGGGACAGUUUGCCUGGGGAGAAGUCACGGAUUCUCCCUCUCUGGAGACAUUCAAAACCCACCUGGACAUAUUUCUGUGUAACCUGCUUUAGGUGACCCUAACUUAGCAGGGGGGUUGGACUAGAUGAUCUCUAAAGGUCCUUCCAACCCUAACAGUUCCAUGGCUCUGUUACAGCAUUCAUACCCUGCUCCCGACCAAGAGCCUGGCAUUCAAGAGCUGCCAACCCUCCUGCUAAGCCUUACCUCCAGCCCCUUGAGCACCCCUUGGGCUGGUAGGGGUACCUCCAGCAGGGUCAGGCAAAGGGUUGUCACAGCUCCAACACUAAGGGGUGAGAUGAACACUACAAUAACCUACAACUGCAGAGGUGUUGCCAUGACCAGCAGUAACCCACAGCAUGUGCCAGGGGCUUGGUGUCUGAUUUCCUGGAGGAACCAGAGUGAGCCAGGAGAAUCCUUUCUGGACUGCAGGCUCGGCCCCAUGAGGAGGGCAAAGUUAGCAGUGGGUAAAGGAGAAGUCUAUUUUUUCCCCUCUUGCAGGAGUCCUGUUUUACCCCUUUGCCCUUUCUUUACCUCGUCUGUAUUUUUCAGGUUUUGCACACUUCUUGUAAACAUCACAUAAAAAUAAAUCUCCCCUAGCAAGGUUGAUGCAGCCUCAGGUGUUUUCGUCUGCAGGAAUUUGCUGGCUUCUCAUGUGCAAGAGAUCCAUUACAUGUCAGUUAGAUGCCUUGAAGGUUGAAGAUGUGCCUACUAGGUUGUCCCCCAGCCUUCCUCCCUCCAUCUUUGGAGAUAUUAAGAUGUUAAGUAUCCAUCUGUGGAGAUGCUCGGUCCCUGACUGGAUGUGAUCCUGGACAACCUGCUGUAGCUGACCCUGUGCAAACAAGGAGUUGGACCUGAUGGUCUUCAGAGGUCCCUGCCAGCCUCAGCUCUUCUGUGGUGUUGGCUGCUGCUCUUGUGAGAUUGUAAGUUCCCAUGUGCUGCACAAGUGAUUAGGAUGAGGUUAAGAACUGUUGUCCAUGGCAAGUGUAGACAGAUUAACCUUGCCGAGGGUUGGACUGGGCCUGCAUAUCUCCUGGGGGACACUUGUCUGAAAGGUGCAGGAAGGCUUUGGUUUUCCAUUUCCAGCACGGUGAGGGGGAACAGGGUGCAUUUUCAGGGGCUGGGACAGUGCAGUGACAGGAUAGACCCUGGGCUGAGUCUUCUUCAUGUACAACUUUAAGGAGGUGAAAACAGUCUGUGCUCUCUGCUGCCCAAGGAAGAGGGACCCAUGAUGGUUAUCUUACUUUGUGCUGCCUCAAAGAUGUAGAACUUCCUACCAAGUUUUCCAUCUGUUUCUUUUUUUCUUUUUUUGUUUUACCUUUUUUUUAAAGCAGUUUGUUAAAAUUUAUUAAAAAUACUGUAUAGUUUAACUUGAUGUCAUACUGGAUCUUUAAAAAAAAAAGAGAUGUGGUAACUUGGAUUUUUAAAGAGCUCUUUAGUUCUAGGUAGCUGUUUUUUGCUGUUUAAUAUGUAGUAAGUUCAGUGUAUGCUUUUUACUGUAGGAGUAAAAGAGAGUCCAAACAAAGGAAGGCUAAUCCUGUCUUUCCAGAAGGGCUUGGUGGUGAUGGAGGCUGCGAGUGUGGGACCAGAUGAAGACUGUGGCACCCACCUGAACCCUUGCUCUGUUCCUGCCUUGGGCCAUGGUUCCUCUGCUCUUGCCCAGCACAACUGCCAAGAGUUCAGUGCUCACCCUGAGCACCUGGGCACAGCACUGGCAGCCAGGAUUGGUGCCCAGGGCUUAGAGCUUGCAGAGAGGCUCGUCUUUGCUAGGAGGAGGGCAUGAGAUCAAGUCAGCCUCCAUGGGCUUCGUGGCGCUGCUGUUUCUGGGGCAGCUGCUGGCUGGAGGAGGGUUUGGAGAAAUCAUCAGCUGGCUGUGCCUGCUCCCUUCCCUCCCCAGGAGCCUGGGGGAGCUGCCUGGUUGACUUGCCUGGCACUUGGAGCAGAGGAUGGUGGUGAGCCCCAGACACAGCUCCACACUAUGAGGGGCCAUGGAGCUGCCAGAUCCUGCUCCCUUGGUACAGUUGGACAUAGGACUGUUGGCGGGUGUUUCUCUUGUACUGAGCACCUGGGAAAGCCCUGAAUAUCCCAGUGGUGAGCUGUGGCUCUGCCUCGGAUGUGGCAAUAGCCAAGCAGUGCUCUGGGCAGAGAGACACGGAGAACAUGCAGCUGGAGCUUGUGGCUGGAGGACCUGUGCAGGAUGGGCACUGAGUGGCCACAGAGAGCUUUGGGUAUGUUCUUAUAGGAACAUUUUCUAGUUGGAAGCACCAGUGUUGCCUGCAGGGGUAGGGAAGCAGAUCCAUCUCUGUUGCUGUGCCUUUAGGUCAUGUUUUGUCCAGUGAGGUGGAGGUGGUGGAAGCAGCAGGAGGCACAGGAGUGUCAGGAGUGCUGUGCUGCGUGGGAAGGCAGGGGCUGGCCUGGGAGCUGGUGUCCCUGAGGUAUCAUCACACUGCAGGGCUCUCUGCUGACUGCUGGUGUUUCCUUUUCAAACCAAAGAGCAGUUGGGGCCAAAGCCCUUUGGGGAGUAAACCAUGUCUCUGUAUCUGUUGCACUUCACUUCUGGUGUUUACUUCAAGCAACUUUCAAGCUCCUGCCUCUGCUUGGCCUCUUGCAUUCCUCACUGCCCUGCAGCACGUAGAAGAGUUUCUGUGCUGGAGCUGGUGUGCCAUCAGCCCUAUGGCAAGUGCUUGAGCCAGUUCCAGACCUGGUUGUCAGACACCUGAGGGUGCUGUGUGGGUGGUCCCUCCUGAAGGGUGGUUCUCCUUGGCAGGCAGUCUGAGCAUAGGAUGCUGCUGGGUAGGUGGAGAGGAGGGUUAGGUUGGGCAGAGGCUGUGUGCGUGUUGUCCAGGACAUAAGUCCUGCUCUCCAGGGCUGCUGUUCCUGUAGCUGCCUGGGUCCAGGAAAUGGUAGUCCAUGAGCUGGGCUUUUACUGAUCUUCACUUCCCCUGAACCUACUUACAGGAUGCCUUUAGCUGUCUCAGCCCCUUCCCUUCCACAGCUUAUAUUUUAAAAAAACAUUCUCAGCUUCUUCUCUCUUUGUUCAGUUCUUUAUUUGUAAGCAGUGGCUUGUUUUUCAUUCCUUCUUCCAUACUGAUUGUGAAGUCUCUACCUUUGCUCCCACCUCCUUCUGCUCCCUCCAGCCCCAAAUUCCUUUCCCAGGCUAAGGCUGGAUCCAGGUGAUAUCAAACCACUGAUGGUGAGAUCAGGUGUUUAGGACCUGAAUCUUACCGGAAUCCAGUGGGUGCUUCUGGUCCUUCCCCACAGCAGGCCAUCCAUUUUGCUGGGCAUGGGCAGUGCCUGUGACCUGGCAGCUCGGCUCGGCCAGAUCCUGCCCGUGCUCCAAGUGAAUCCAAGCCAGGAUCAAGAGCCAGAACAGAGAUGUAGGAAAUGGGGACUGGGGUGGGAGCAGCCAUUUCCAUCUCCAAGGCUAGGAAUUAAGUCAGUGAAGGACUGGCAGACAUUCCUGGGGAGAGGUCAUGGCACUGGGGUGGGCUCAGACAGCACAGUUAGUUCCCAGCACAGUUAAUGCUGUGGAGCAGCUGUGUGCAUCAAGCAGGUGGCUGAGCUGAA